AAGAGCUUCGUGAGAAACCUUUGAGCCACUACUUCCGGAAACGAUAGUCCGACUUUUGAUACGUGGACGGCACUGUCACUGUCAGUGUCUGUUUUAUGUCAACACAAGGCAAAUAUGCCGAAGCAAAAUGAACUUAUGGAUAAGGCGGAGGACGUUGCCGAUCAGGUGCUCCGCCACACAAAGCACGUUCUUCCUCACAUAGCCAGAUUCUGUCUGGUCAGCACUUUCUUGGAAGAUGGCAUUCGGAUGUGGACCCAGUGGAACGAGCAGAGAGAUUACAUGAACGUGUCCUGGUCCUGUGGAUAUUUCCUGGCAACACUCUUCGUCAUCAUCAACCUGAUUGGUCAGCUUGCUGGGUGCGCCAUGGUCCUCAGCCGGCAGAAAGUACCUAUUGCUUGUGGACUUCUUUUUGGAAUAAUUGGUUUACAGACAGUGGCCUACAGUAUUAUAUGGGAUCUUAAAUUUCUCAUGAGGAACCUUGCCCUGGCGGGCGGCGUGCUGCUGCUGUUGGCAGAGAACAAGACGGAGGGGAAGUCCCUGUUUGCCGGCCUGCCCUCGUUAGGAGAGAACAGCCCCAAGCAGUACAUGCAGCUCAGUGGGCGCAUCCUCCUGGUGCUCAUGUUCCUCACACUUUUACGAUUUGAGAUGUCCUUCAUGCAGAUUGUUCAAAACUUGAUAGGCACGACUCUGAUCGUCUUCAUCGGCAUCGGCUUCAAGACCAAGCUGUCGGCCCUGGUGCUGGUGGUGUGGCUGACGGCCUUGAACUGUUACUUCAACGCCUGGUGGAACAUCCCCGACUACCGGCCCAUGCGCGACUUCCUCAAGUACGACUUUUUCCAGACCAUGUCGGUGAUCGGCGGUUUGUUGCUGGUGGUGGCCUACGGGCCUGGGGGGGUCAGCAUGGACGAGCACAAGAAGAAGUGGUAACUUAGCUAGGAUAAAUAAAGAUAGAUAGACAGAACGAACGAGAGAACGACUUCUAAACCCUCCCCCUCCCUCCCCUCCAGGUACUUUUGUUGAACGUUGUCAGCGGAUCACGCUGUGUACAUUGAGACAGCGACAUCUUGUUUGGUCACGUGGGAUCAUGUGUGGACGCGUCAGUUGUGUGUGCAGUAAGAGAGAUGUGUUUGAGUUGCUAGGUUAUGUGGACAGACAAUAUGUUGUUUUUUAAAAAUUUGUUUUUCAGGGUGCACAAGGGUGACAUGAGUGGAAAAAAAAUCACGUUCUUAUGGCUAAGUGAGAGAAUGGAUGAAAGGGAAAGCUAUUGCUGAGUUAUUCCCAUGAAGUUGAGAAUGUUUUAAGGAUGUUGUCGGGUCUGUGGAGGUGAUGGUUCAAGGGUAAAGCAACAUACAGCCUGUCUUCUAGUUAACAUGUCCAUUAUAAUUCAGUCCAGUACUGUUAUUAUUUUUUAAACUUCAAACCUUCAAGUAUCAUGGGAAUUUUAGUUCCGCUUUCGCCUUACAUGGCUGAGAGUAUUUAUAUCUCUCUAUUUCAAAAAUAUUUUUCCACAACCAUUCUUUUCUAAAAGUAUAAGCACUCAAUAUUGCAAUACUUAGUUUUAGAGCCAUUUUGAAUGUAGUGAAGAGUUGAAUUGUUUAUUGAGAGAUUAUGAGUGGUGUGGAGUUUUUUAGCUUUAGUUUUUUGUUUUUGUAAGUGUGAAGAAGUUUUAGAAUUCUGAUGUGCAGGUUGGACGGUUGUUGUCCUGGCAGGUGUGAUGGUGGCAGUAACGUUUGUUUUCUAGAGUAGAGAGCGUGUGUGUUGUAGUAUUAACCAGCAUUUUCUCACCUGGCCCUGCUGCUUUUUCACGGCUUUUGCACCCUGCCAAUCAGAUGUCUUAAAAUAAGAAAUGAAAAAAAAAGAGAGAGAGAAAAAGAGAGAAAGAAAGGACAUCACACAAUCACAGGCUGUCUUUUUUGUUUGUCGGUACACGACGUUAGGUGGUCGUGCUGUGUCCCCGGGGAAGUGUUGAACAUGACGGCAUUACUGCUUGUUACAGAAUCUGGUCAAAUGUGUGAAUUUGUAAUUUCAUUUACAUUGUGCUUUAAUGUUCCUAUCUUGUGUUUCCCUGUAGAGUUGAGCUGAGUUUGUCACAGUGUUCUUUUUUUAAAAUUGCCGUGUGGAUUUGUGAUUAUUUGAGUUGUUUUGUUAUAGCGUUUGUGGACUGUUGUGUGUGUUUAUGUUUUCUAAGGUCAUGACAGUUGCUGGCGCGCAAAAAUGUGGUUAAUGUGGUUAUACCCACAGCCCCAGUUCCCCCCUAUGUUGUUCCGGCACAGUAUGAGCAUGACAUUGAUAUAUCUGCCCAUUUACAAUUGUACUGUGCAUAAAAACAUGUUAAUAAUAAUAUCCCCUCUUAGGGAACGGCCUAAAGACAACUUCAGUCAGUGGCACCGCCCUGGUCGGCCUCUAACUUUGUGCCCUAGCAGCCCAAAACGCUUCCUUCAGAGAAGCCACAAACCUUACUCCUGGAUAGACUUGAUCCUAUGGCGGAGUAGUUUGGAACUCUGUGUAAGAAGCUGACUCACACACCCUGCCCACAAGCGUCUGGUCGCUCGCUGUGUUUGUUAAAGCGUGCCAUAGGGCCAAAAUCAAAUCUGGUGUCGUGAGUCGUUUCUGCGCAAACUGCAGUCCACCACGGAUGACUCAAACGUGUCGAGGAUUGACAAAUGUGUUCAACACAUCUAGAAUUUGGGUAAACUGAUAAUGAAAAACUAGAGAGAUAUCAAUCGGGGAAUGGCAAUUCGAACGAGUUAUCCUUGAUCUGGAGUUUACCGUGUCACAAGUUUGUGUUAUCUGUGCGUGGCUGUGUGUUGUUGACAGCAAACGGAGGCAGGAACUGACUAGCCACACGCCAUGGACACUUGUCUGUCUCUUAUUAGCUUGUGGCAGUGUUGUUGUGGUUUUUGGUUUGCAUCACUAUUGCACGGUCGAACCUGUCUAUAUCGGUCACUGAAGAUCACAGAGAAAAAUGACCGUUGUAGACGGAUGGAUAGCCGCUUACUUGAAUUGACCGAGUCAUCAGAUGGUUGGAAAUUAUUGGAAGUCUUUAUUGUAUUCUUCUAUUUCAUGUCCAUCAAAACUGUUGUCUAUCAUAAGAGUUUCUGUGCAUCAAAGGGACAUUCACAUACUCAGUCUGAGGACGGGUUGGCGGAAAACUUUUGUUGCAAAUGACGGCUGUGAUGAGCUGGUUUUGAGGCUGACUUGUCACUAAAAUGACUGACAGUGGCGGUCUACUAAGGACGGACUGCUAUGGAUGGGUUCAUUAGAAUUGUGGGAAAAACUCGAGGGUGUCGCAGAACACUGGCCGGUAGUACAGAGGUGACUGCAAAGCCAGGGACGACCGUGCUUUGAUCAUGGUUGAGUUUUGUUUUGUUUUGUUUUGUCAGUGGAUGUCGUUGAAGCUGUUGAUUGAUUGACUGCUCCCUAUAGAGAUGUAACCUCAUUGUAUGAUACUCUCCUUGAAAUCUGUGUCAUGUGUGUGUGUGUGUGUGUGCGCAUGUGUGCGCGUACGUAUGUAUGUAAAUGUGUGUAUAGGUGGUGCUGUUGCAUGCUGUGUGUUAAUGUUAUAUGUUACUUACGCAAACUUCAGUUAGACUAAUAUUUUUCCCUCACUUAUGUCACGGAAUGGAGAGUGGGAAGACAUGAAGAAUAUCAUGAGGCUGGCUCACUUGGAUAGGGAAAGGUGGCAAGGGUUUCUUCGUGGCUUCUCCCCUGAUCUAUGGGUCAGAAAGACAUUGGUGAUGAUGAUGAUGAUAAUGUCACGGAAUGACAUGACAGAGGUGAAGGUUGCUUUACCCUCGUUCUUCUCCUAUUGCCACGUUGGCCUCGCUGUGUGGUCUCAGAUGGCCAGGUUGCCUCGCUGUGUGGUCUCAGAUCGCCAGGUUGGUCUCGCUGUGUGGUCUCAGAUGGCCAGGUUGGCCUCGUUGUGUCCCCCCAGAGCCAUACUUUCUGUUUUUUGUUGACUCACACACCUAAAGUAACCAGAAAAUGAAAAUGGAAAUAUUUCACUAGGUUUGGUCGGUUGACUUUGUGCCAUGGAGUUGAAAGGUCAUCCCAAGUUGUUACGCUGGGAACAAUCAUCACUAUACGAUAUAUAAAUGUAUGGAAAUCACAUGGAGGUGAUGGAAGCUUGGGAGCGGCUGUGUUUGUAUCAUCACCGCUGUGGGUUUUGAGAAGAACACUGUGCUUUGAGUGAGUAUAGUAGGAGAGACACUUUUGUACUUUGGAAACUAACACGGUCUGCUCCGUUUGUCAGUCGCAAACUUGUGCAAGUAAUUUGCAGGGGAGACGAGAAGGGAGACGGACGGACGGAAAUGAAAAAAAUUGCAGGCGGAGCUGCAGAUUUUAGAGAUGGCGUCUGUUGUUUCUGGGCUGUUUGUGAGUCGCUACUGCCAUAGGCACAUCUCUGCCUCUUUACUACAGGGUUUUCAUGUCUUGACUCUAUCAACAGAGGCCGGCUUAAAUCAUCAAACUUUUGUGAAAAAGGUCUGUGUUGUUGUGAAGAGAAAGUUUUUUUAUUGUUUGGUAUUGUGUAAUUUACACGACAUGUAAUUUACAUGAAGGUCAUGUUGGUUUGAUGAUGUGAAUGUUUCCUACAUUUCUGAUUUCUCCUGUGCUGACAUCAAUGUUUACACGACCUGAUUAUGUCUGUAGUGGUGUAAAACCGGCUUCUAAUUUUUAUUUGACCAAGUUGUCUCUAUACUAUAGCUGUGUAAAAUAUACCCUUAUUAACCGUGCCGGCUUUUUCUUUGAGAAAACUGAGAAGGGCAGCCGUUUCCAUAUGUGCUGACCCUAUUUGAUUUGUUUGUUUUAUUUUUUUUUUAAAAAGAAGUAAAUGUUGAAUUGUAGGAGUUGGAUGAUUUAAUUCGGAGGAGUUGGAUGAUUUAAUUCGGGAGCUGUUGGUAUGAUAAAUACAUCAUGCUUUUUGUUGUUUUUUCCCCCCCAUUCAUUUCUGUUUUUGUAAGUGUUGCACCCGUCGUUUUGAGUUUUCCAAGUUGUAGGAGACUAGUUAGGGGUGGAUCACCUCAGCUGGUUCCUCGUGGAGAGUGCGUCUGUGCUCAGUGUGACUCCUUUGACUGUUACGGUGAUUUGUUAAUUAAACUUAUGUGCUUAUUUAU